AUGGCCUCCGAAUUCCGCACCUGCGCCUCCUGCAAAAAGACCUCCGCCGAGGUCCCCAACAUGAAGCGCUGCGCGAAAUGCCAAUCCACCGACUACUGCUCGCGCGACUGCCAAAAAGCAGACUGGAAGACGCACAAGAAACACGUUCCGAACCCAUUCACUCGUCUCGACGACAACACAUACCUGUACGACCGGCCGGAGAAGGAUGUCUACAAGUUGCUGAUCGAUGCGUUCCGCAUGCACCAAGCCGACGGCUUCACAUUCGAAGGUCGACGCGAGCCCAACAGCGUCUACACGGGUGCUGCGUCCAGCCUGCCUGGUUUCCAGGCUUUCAUGAAUGUGCUGUCAUCGCGCCCUGGCUUGCUGCCGCCCUGGUGGAACACCGAGAAGCAGAAAGAGUGCGAGGAAUUUGGGGAGAGCGGCGCGAAUUGGAGCAGUUUGAAGAAGCAGGUGACGAAAGCCGACGUCAUUGAGCAUUAUGGCGAACCGAAGAUGCCGAUGCAGUUGAGAAUGUUUGCGGAAGAGGUGUAUCAGAGGCCGCCGCCGGGGGGUCCGCCGCCGGGUCCGCCGGGGAGUUCGAGCGGCAGGGGGAUGAGGGCUCUGAUGAUGGCUAUGGAGGGUGGAGGUGGGGGGGACGGCCCACCAUUCAUGUCGAUGAUGGGGCUAUGA